GUUUUGUUUUCCACCCGAUAUUAUUUACUGACGGACUUGUACCUUUGGGCACUUGGUUUAAUCAAGGAAAAAAAUAAAAAAUAAAAACUAUGAAUUUUUCAUCCUGGUUUUAGGAAUUUGCAGUAUUUCAGUCUCGUGUAUGCUUAGUUCGAGGUUUUUUUUAAUAAUGGAGAAGAGUGAACAGAACUUUUGCAGUGAGGGAUGUAGCGAUCCAUCCAACCUUGUUUCAGAAGAUGGAAAAAAUAUGAAAUCAGUGGUGUGCCAGCGUUGUGGAUCAAAAGUGCUCUGCCCGGGCAUGGCUGUAUUUGCCGAAAAGCAGCUAUUCCUACCUUCAUUGAAAAAGAACAUCAAGAACAACAAUCAGUCCGACGGAACAUUCGACGGAGAUACGUUAACAGCUCACUGGCUGGUGGAUGAUAUGUACACCUUCGAGAAUGUUGGCUUCACCAAAGAUGUAGGCAAAAUAAAAUAUCUUAUCUGUGCCGAUUGUGAGAUUGGACCCAUUGGAUGGCAUAACCUUGAUGACAAGAAAUGUUUCUACAUAGCACUGGAUCGAGUUAAACAUGUGUGAUGUACUUAAGCAUGUUUUGUACCAGACCAUAUUACACAACUUGCUUUCUCUUGGUACACAUUUUUGGCGUAGUUUUAAACAUGCUUGGGAGUAGAGUUUGAUACUAUAAAAUGCUUUGUUUUGCAAUAUUAGAUGCAGUUAGUUUUCAUAUUUCGUAUUCUGUUUAUUCACUUAGUAAGUAUGCUUGAUUAACAUCCUUUUUUCAUUCAUAAAGAACUCGUAUUCCUAUUGCUGAUGUACACGAAAUCAGUAUUUUAAGUCAUGUUAUUAAAGGCUUUCGAACACA